CUACUCUUCUUCUAUUCUAUUUUCUGGUUUCUCUCUUCUCCCCUCUCUUUUCUCUUUGGUUUUCUUUUUUUAAAAAACCCUAGAGAGACAAAAGGAAGGGUUGCGGCGUUAGUGAGAGUAAAGAGCAUUCCAUGACCGUUUGGGAUGAAGGAGUGAGAAACACUGAGAGAGGGAGUGGUGGUAUACCAGAGAGGAGAUGUUAUAUUUGGGAGACAAAGAUGGAAAGCGAAAGUAGGAUUUUGGAGUAAGGGAAGAAAUCGGAAAAGUAUAAUGUAUGGGUUAUGCGGGAGCUCAUAUAGGAAUGCAAAUGCUACUGGAGCUAUAUGAUUGAUGAGAGAGGGGUUUACUAUAGUGAUAGAUAAAAUGGCGUUCAGAGGAAAAGAAAUGAUGAAGAAAAUUCUGAAGACGGUGGGAGAGAAUGGUUUGAGUCAAAGAGAUAAGGAAACGUUGGAGAAAUGCAUGCCUCGAAGCAAGGUUGUGAUGAAUCGCGCCAAACGUGGUCUAUUUGCUGGGCGACACAUUCAGUUUGGGAAUAGUGUCAGUGAAGAUGGCGGUAACAAGACAAGGAGAACUUGGAAACCGAAUGUCCAGGAAAAGCGGCUCUUCAGCUACAUCCUAGAUCGUCACGUUCGUGUUAAAGUGACCACACAUGCCAUCCGAUGCAUAGACAAGGCAGGUGGGAUUGAUGAGUACUUGCUGAAAACUCCUUAUCACAAGAUGGACACUGAAAUGGGCAUUCUCUGGAAGGCAAAAAUUGAGAAAUUGUAUGAAGAGCUUGGCCAAAAGGAGGUUGUAUUCUUUUCACCUGAGGCUGAAGCGAAGUUUGAGCAGGACUUUAAAGAUUUGAAAUUGUCUGAAAGGGAAGCACAAAAGGAGGUCAGAAGAAAGAUGUACACUGGGAUGAGCAAGCACGAACGGGUUCCUAUUUCGUAUAUCUUAGCUGCUGACAAACUCAAAGCUGGAAGCGUUGUUUCUAAUUAAUGUAUGUUGUGUCAACUGAUACUUGCGGUGUAAGCUUUAUUAGCUCAGAGUGUGAAAAAUCUUUUAUUUGAUUUUUGGAUCAUAGUGGUUUCUUCAGAUAUUCUUGUUGAAAAGCUUUAAACUUUGGGUAGUGAAAAGCAUAAUCUAUUAUGUCAAAAUAAUAAUGUAGUUCUAUUUUUCUAGCGAGACUGUAUUUCCCGAGGUGCAACUUGGUAGAAAUCAAUAAAAAGGGUAGUGUUCUCACGUUA